CCCCGCCCCAUCUGGCGUAGGCUAACUGUUACGCACUGUCUUCCGUGACUCAGGAGUGUCCAUGGUGCAGAAUCGGGUGCCAUAGCACAUCCAUAGACGUGGCCGUCGUAUGCAGUGCUGCGUUCGCUCGGCUGGCGCAGUGUCCCGUGUGGAGCGAGAGAGGGCGAAGUUUACUCUGCCUGCAUUGCAGCCUGAGCGCUGCUGGAAUCGAACACAACAAUGGCGUCUCCCAGUUCCAACAGCAACUCAACAACCUCCAACAGCAACAUCGCAGGAUCCACCUCGCACCAUCAUCACCCGCAAACACAACACAUGACCACCGUCAGCAACAUGCAAGAAAUCAACACGUGCUGGAGGUGUCAAAACGAAACAGGGUUUCAGAUAAGCCUGUCUGGAGUGCCCCAAAGUAAACGUAAAGCCCUGAAGCUGAACUUCGCCAACCCUCCAGUGAAGCCAGCUACCAGGUUGCCCCUCAAUCCCUCACCUUCAACUGCUCCCUCCUUCCAGAACCCACACAUAGAGCGUAUGAGGACACACAGUAUCGAGUCGUCGGGGAAGCUGAAGAUUUCUACAGAGAAUGCCUGUGACUUCACGGCCGAGGACCUGAGGGACCUGGGGGAGAUCGGCCGCGGGGCCUACGGCUCCGUCAACAAGAUGCAGCACAAACCCAGUGGACAGAUCAUGGCCGUCAAGAGGAUCCGUUCCACGGUGGAUGAGAAGGAGCAGAAGCAGCUGCUGAUGGAUCUAGACGUGGUGAUGAGGAGUAGUGACUGUCUCUAUAUCGUCCAGUUUUACGGAGCUCUCUUCAGAGAGGGCGACUGUUGGAUAUGUAUGGAACUAAUGUCUACCUCAUUCGACAAAUUCUACAAAUAUGUAUAUUGUUCGUUAGAUGACGUCAUUCCAGAGGAAAUAUUAGGCAAAAUCACAUUAGCAACCGUUAAAGCACUGAACCACUUAAAAGAAAACUUGAAAAUAAUUCACAGAGACAUCAAACCUUCCAACAUUCUCAUGGAUCGUAACGGCAACAUCAAGUUGUGUGACUUUGGCAUCAGCGGCCAGCUGGUGGACUCAAUAGCCAAGACCAGAGACGCAGGCUGCAGACCCUACAUGGCGCCGGAGAGGAUAGACCCCAGUGCUUCCAGACAAGGCUAUGACGUCCGAUCAGACGUGUGGAGUUUGGGGAUAACCCUGUACGAGCUUGCCACCGGCAGGUUCCCCUACCCCAAGUGGAAUAGUGUGUUUGAUCAGCUGACCCAGGUGGUGAAGGGCGAGCCGCCCCAGCUCUGCAACUCUGAAGACAGGCAGUUCUCCCCCAAGUUCAUCAACUUUGUCAACUUAUGCCUUACAAAGGAUGAGUCAAAACGGCCAAAGUACAAGGAGCUCCUGAAACACCCGUUCAUCCUGAUGUACGAGGAGAGGUGUGUGGAUGUGGCCAGCUACGUGUGUCGCAUCCUGGACCAGAUCCCAGCGUCUCCCAUCUCACCCAUGUACCUGGACUGACGGGGGGGAACACUUUACACCGCAACACACAUGCCGGGGAGGAAACAGUACACUGCAUGACAUCUUAGCCCUCGGAUACAGAGUUACAAUAGUAUCAUCUGUUUGUUUCCAUGUUCCAAAGAACACGAGAACAAUUUCAUAUAAAAAAUGUAUCGCCCUGUGCAAUACGAUAACACACACACACACACACACACUCACGCUUGUUCAAUGUCAAUUCAAAUAUCUAGAUCAUCCUCCCAUCUUCAGACAGCUAAACUUGAAGACAUUCAGUUGGCUCAACGUAUGUACGACGUUCAUCUUUUUUUUAUGUGCUAGAAAAAAGGGUUAGAGUACAUAUACUGUAUAUGUACAGUUGUGUGUGUGUGUGUAUGUAUAUAUGUAUUAGUACCAGUCAAAAGUCUGGACACGCCUACUCAUUCCAAGGGUUUUC